AUGGUUAAACAGGUCCAGAGCCUUGUAAAGUUUGAGGAAAUCCUGAAAACAAGUGGAGAUAAGUUGGUUGUGGUGGACUUCACCGCCACAUGGUGUGGACCAUGCAGGAUGAUCAGCCCCAAGUUUGAGGAAUUCUCACAUACGUACACAAACGUGGUUUUCAUCAAGGUCGACGUGGAUGAAUGUGAUGACGUGGCUCAGAAGCAUGGAAUCAGCGCCAUGCCCACGUUCCUGUUUUUCAAAAACGGAAAAAAGGUAGAUGAUUUCACAGGGGCCAACGCAGACAAACUACUUGAAAGGAUUCAGAAAUACUUAAAUUGA